UUUCUCGCUCCAGCUCCAAACGAGUGGAACACAAAAGGCGAGACGGAACACGACGACGGGUCACUGACUCAAUCCACGGCACUGGAUACGCCUUCGAAAAUUGAAUCCUAGUAAAAGAUCGGGAACAGAGGAUAUUGGAAAAUGAAGAUCCCGUUUGCAAAACACUGUUGCUGUGGGUUAACGGACAACAGGAAUGGGAGCAUCGCCAUUGGAGCCGUGGGGCUGGUUUGCUAUAUAUUUUUCUUCGUGAUGAACGUGAUCACCAUGGCUCGUGGAUACGAGCAGAGAUCAGAAAUCCACGAUCACAUUUCAAAAGAGGCAUUUGCGAAUCUUCUCAUCUGCAGCAUGGUCUUCUAUCUCCUGUUCAUCAUAUUUGAUUCCCUUCUCAUCCAUGGAGUUCGAAAGAUGAAGAGGAAACUGAUGAUACCAUGGUUGUAUAUGGAUUUCCUGGCACUGAUCGCAGGUGUAAUACUUUUCGUCGUCAUCUUCGUCUCGCUCAUCGUGACGGUUGUCACGACAAAGGAUGGUCUCAUCUUCACCUUAUUCAUGAUUGUGGUCGUCGUUUUCUUCAUUGCAUAUUCCAUUGGAAUCCACUUCUUCCUCGUCGUCUACUCCCAUUUUAGGGAACUCGGGAAUCCGGAGCUACUUGGAGGAGACGAAGGCGUUGAAAUCAAGCAGGAAAUUUUGAAUGCCGAAGAUGUUUCCUUCCGCGUGGAGCCGGGCCAAGUGUAGAUUUCACUGUCCCAAAAAUGUUUUCGUGGGCCUCCAUUCAUGCAGGGAAUGUGGGCAAUUAAAGUCCCGUCCUACGUGCCUGUGCGUCUUUUUGUCCCUGUCGUUCCUUUUUCUACGACGAUGAACAAAUAUUGCCCUGGUAUAUUGGUGCACAAGUAAAUAUCGCAAAAAAAUCCGCAAAAAAAGAGUUUUCCAUUGUGUUUGCGAAAUUUCUAUCACAAAACAUCCAUUCCGAACCCGGAAACAUGAAAUUAACUCACUGCAGGAAAGACGUGAAGAAGCGUUCGCCUCGGAAAAUUUUUUGAAGGGAGGCCCACAAUCAGAGCCCAGUUCUUUGUCUCUCUUUUUCAUUGCCUUGCGGACAUUUCUUGCAUACUGGAUGUGCUAGGAAGCGUUGAUAUAUUUCAUUCUUAUUUUCUAUUUAGGAUGUGAAUUUUUCGGGCAAAAUAUGAGACAUCUGCUUUUGUAGAAAUGAACUAUUCAUGAUUGCACAUGACGAAAGCAAUGUGUGGAACAAUAGAGUUUGUUUUUCCUUUCGGGAAAAGAAAACCGCAAAUGCUUUCGCUUUCGGCGCUCGCCGGAUUAAGGUAAUCUCAUAGCCCAAUAGUGUAUCGCACGUAGAUAAUUAUGUAUUGCCAACUUGCGCGUUCGGUGCUCAAGGCUAUUAAAUAAAGUAUUUAAACUC